UUAUAUAAGCAAACUUUCCAAAGAACUCAACCAUACAUUAUUGCUUUGCCAAACCAAUUCACUUAAUUGAUCAGAAGAAGAAGCACAAGCACUCACAUUCGCAGAUUCAGCUGCUUCCAUGACUAAUUCCCUGGUUAUUCUCCUUCUCCCUUUUCUCUCUCUACCUUGCUUUUUCCUCUCUCUCUCUGGUGCCACCAUCACUACUACUUCAACUCAGAUUCCCAAGCAUCAUGUGGUUUAUAUGGGAAGCUCAUUCUCAAAUGGAAAUGCAAGAGAUAAUGGAGCUGAUGAAGCUGCAGAAUCUGCUUAUUUGCAAAUGUUGUCAUCCAUUAUUCCAAGCCAUGAGAUUGAGAGAAUAUCUGUAAUCCACAAUUAUAAUCAUGCUUUUAGAGGAUUCUCUGCCAUGCUUACAGAAACUGAAGCUUCUAUUUUAUCAGGCAAUGAUGGUAUCGUCUCAAUCUCGGACUCAAUGCUCCAACUACAUACAACUCGUUCUUGGGAUUUCUUGGAGUACGGAAUUGGCCAGGCCAUUAAAGAAAAAUAUCUGCACCCAUCAAGUGAUGUUAUAAUUGGGAUGAUAGACACAGGGAUAUGGCCUGAGUCUCCGAGCUUCAGUGAUGAGGGAAUUGGUGCAGUCCCUUCAAGAUGGAAAGGAGUCUGUAUGGAAGGCUCGGACUUCAAGAAAUCUAAUUGUAAUAGAAAGUUGAUAGGUGCAAGAUACUAUAAUGUUCCGGUGACAACAAAUGGUGACCAGAGCCAUUUAGCCAGUACCAGUGGCUCACCAAGAGAUUCUGUCGGCCAUGGAACUCACACUGCAUCCAUAGCAGCCGGUGUGCAAGUUCCCAAUGCCAGUUACUAUGGCUUGGCACAAGGUACAGAGGGAGGCUCACCGUCAGCUAGGAUUGCAUGCUACAAGGCAUGCUUGGAUGUUGGUUGCUCUGGUGCCACCAUAUUGAAGGCUAUCGAUGAUGCAGUUAGAGAUGGAGUAGACGUCAUAUCUAUUUCCAUUGGGAUGAGCUCACUGUUUCAGUCUGACUACUUAAAUGACCCCAUAGCCAUUGGAGCAUUUCACGCUGAGCAAAUGGGAGUGAUGGUAAUUUGCUCUGCUGGAAAUGAUGGUCCCAAUCCUUACACUAUUGUAAACACAGCGCCAUGGAUCUUCACCGUUGCAGCUUCUAACAUUGAUAGGGAUUUCCAAUCUAAUAUCAUUCUUGGAAAUGGGAGAACAUUCACUGGUUCUGCCAUCAAUUUCUCCAAUCUCACUCGUUCAAAAACAUAUCCCCUUGUAUUUGGAAAAGAUGCCGCUGGCAUUAACACGCCUGUAUCGGAAGCAAGAAAUUGCUAUCCGGGAUCAUUGGAUCAAAAGAAAGUAGUUGGCAAAAUAGUCGUUUGUGUUGAUGAUGACCCGGCUGUUUCACGGAGAACCAAGAAAUUAGUUGUUGCUGAUACUAAAGCCAAAGGGUUGAUUUUGAUUGAUGAAGCUGAGAAAGGUGUACCUUUCGAUUCAGGCAUUUUCCCAUUUACAGAAGUUGGCAAUAUUGCAGGGCUUCAGAUUCUCAAGUACAUAAAUUCUACCCCAAAACCAACAGCAACGAUUCUCCCAACAGUUGUAGUUCCACAGUAUAGACCUGCACCGGCCGUUGCAUUUUUUUCAUCGAGGGGUCCUGCACAGCUUACAGAAAACAUUCUCAAGCCUGAUAUAAUGGCUCCAGGAGUGGCCGUUUUAGCUGCCAUAGCUCCCAAGAAUGAAACAGGGACAGUCCCAAAUGGGAAGAAGCCAUCAAAAUUUUCCAUAAAAUCCGGGACAUCAAUGGCUUGUCCACACGUAACGGGGACUGCUGCAUUCAUCAAGUCAGUGCAUCGUCAAUGGACUACUUCCAUGAUCAAAUCAGCCCUUAUGACAACAGCAACCAUUUACAACAACAUGAAAAUGCCUUUGACAGACAACUCUAACCACUUUGCAAAUCCACACGAGGUGGGGGUCGGAGAAAUAAACCCACUUAAAGCUCUUAACCCGGGACUUGUCUUCGAAACCAAAAUAGAAAACUAUCUUGAAUUCCUUUGCUAUUACGGCUACCCAGAGAAGAAUAUAAGAUUUAUGUCAAACACAAAGUUCAACUGCCCCAAGAUCUCCAUUGAAGAACUCAUCUCUAACAUCAACUACCCGUCCAUCUCCAUUAGUAAGCUCAACCGGCGCCAACCUGCAAAGGCUAUUAAAAGAACCGUGACCAAUGUUGGAGCCCUGAAUUCUACGUACAUUGCCAAGGUUCAGGCUCCUGUAGGCUUAACAGUCAGUGUACUCCCGGAGAAGUUAGUUUUUGCUGAGGGUGUGAGGAGGGUGUCUUUCCAAGUGUCAUUUUACGGCAAGGAGGCUCGUAGUGGCUACAAUUUUGGGUCCAUAACAUGGUUUGAUGGUCAACACUCAGUUCGUACUGUGUUUAGUGUGAAUAUUGAGUAAAGUCGGAAUGUGAAAGUGUUAACUGCUUGGAGUGAUCUGAAAGAUAGAGUUCUUUAAUGUCAGGAGGGGUAAAAUGUAAAAGAAAAGGAAGACAAAAGUAGGAUAAGUAUUUUUAUGUCAUCACAAACCCGUUCCCAAUAUACAUAAAGAAAAAGAGCUAGUUCGAGUUGCAGGCUGAGGCUCAUUGGUGUUGCGUAGCGCGAAAAGAUGAGGUGAUGUUUCAGCCUUUUCGAUCUAAUAUACAAAUCCCCCAAACCUUUCGCCAUCUCCUUGUCUCUGUCUCUUUCAUUUUUUGUGUCCACUGUGCCAUCCGGCCGCUGUUUGACAAUGUAUUUUUGCUACUGUGAUUUAUAACUUACUUGAUUAUAUUUCCUCAUCUAUUUGGACAAUGAAUAUUACCUUUUUGUU